AUGCUUACAGACCUUCAGAAGAUUGGUGUAGUUGUGACAUGUUUAGGAUUAUUCUUCACGUUACUUGGAAUAGUAUUUAUGUUUGACAGAGGCUUUUUGACGUUUGGGAAUAUUUUGUUUGUGUGUGGGAUCUUUUUUGUGACUGGUGUCCAACAAACCUUUGCGUUUUUCUUUCAAAAGAAAAGAGCUGUGGCGACAUUCUUUUUCUUUGUGGGGAUCUUUUUGAUAUUGAUCAAAUUCACAUUCAUCGGUCUAGUUGUCGAGUUCUUCGGGUUCCUCAAUCUUUUUGCAAACUUCCUUCCCGUCGUAUUAGCCUUCUUAAGGAGAAUCCCUAUCAUUGGGGACUUACUCAACACCGGGUGCAUCAAACAGUUCAUCGACCGAACGUCACCAGACUAUUGUUUACCCGAGUAA